AGCGGAGUCACAGCAGCCUAGUUGUUGGCAAAAUUUUUGGAUUCCCUGAGAUAAUUCCCCAAGAUGCAAAGUAUCAUGAAGUGGUUGAUCCUGGCAUUAGUUUGUGUCUACCUGUCAGAAGGUAGACUCAAUAGAAUCAUUCUGAAGAAAGGAAAAUCCAUUCGUGAAAAUAUGAGAGAGCAUGGAGUGUUGGAAGAAUUUUUGGAAAAAUACCAUAUUGAUCCUGGAUUAAAGUAUCAGUUCAAUAAAUUCAGUGCUACAUAUGAACCAAUGACCAAUUAUUUGAACUCUUUUUACUUUGGAAAAAUAACCAUUGGAACUCCACCCCAAGAUUUUCUUGUUCUUUUGGAUACUGGCUCUGGUGUUCUGUGGGUACCUUCUACAUAUUGCACAUCAACGGCCUGUGAAAACCAUCAUCUGUUUGACCCAAAACAGUCAUCUACUUAUUAUAGCAAUAAUCAACAAACUUACAUCCUGAGAUAUGGAUCUGGUAGCUUGAGUAUAAUGUUAGGUUAUGAUACUGUGCGGAUCCAGAAUAUUGCAGUUCAAAACCAACAGUUUGGAUUGAGUGUGGAGGAAGCCAACUUCUUCUACUAUGGCAAAUUUGAUGGGAUUUUGGGUUUGACCAAUCCUAUUCCAAAUACCGAGGGAUCACUCUUGCACCAGAUGAUGAGUCAAAACCAGAUUUCUGAACCCAUUUUUAGCUUUUACUUCUCACGCCAACCAACUGUUCAGUAUGGAGGAGAACUGAUAUUGGGAGGCACGGACCCCCAGUUGUACACUGGGGAAAUUACUUGGGCCCCUGUGACUGAAGAGGCUUACUGGCAGAUCGGUAUACAAGAAUUUACUAUUGGCAACAAGGCUACUGGUUGGUGCAGUGAAGGCUGCCAGGGCAUUGUAGACACGGGAACAUUUUUGCUAACUAUCCCACAACAAUAUUUAACGGAGUUCCUUCAGGCUGUGAAUGCAGCUAACGAUGGUUCAUAUACGGUGGACUGCAACAAUAUCCAGAAUAUGCCUACGAUUACCUUUUUCAUUAAUGGUUCCCAGUUCCCACUUCUUCCUUCUGCUUAUGUCUUCAAUAACGAGGGUCAAUGUUCGCUUGCAAUUGAGCCAACAUAUGUGCCUUCCUCAACUGGGCAACCUCUAUGGAUCCUGGGUGAUGUCUUCCUUAAAGAGUAUUAUUCUAUUUUUGACAUGGGAAACAACAGGGUUGGUUUGGCGCCAUCAGCCUAAAUGAAUUCUAAAUUUCUUUCUGGAUAAAUGGAGCUGAUUUUUGGAUUCCAACAAAAUAUUUCAAAUUAAAUUUGUACAGCAAAUUGUAUGUUUCUCAACUGACAUCAAAUCUUAGCCCCUUUACAUGAAGUUUGUUCACUUAAGAUCCAUUGCUACAAAGAAAUAAAU